AUGAAGGCUGAGGAUGGUAGUGAUGAGCGUUUGAAGAUGGCGGUUCUUUACUUUUUGACCAGAGUAAUAAGAGGAAGGUCAAGAAAUGGGUACUUCAUUGAGCCUUUCAUUCUCCAGGCAGUAGAUGAUAUGGAUUUUUGCAUCAAGUUUCCAUGGGGCCGUUACACAUUUGAUGAUUGCAUGAAGGAGAUUUUUCACUUCCGGGAUCAUUUUGCUAUGAAAGAGCUCGAAGAUAAUAUGCAGUGGACAUUUCCUGGGUUUAUUAACCCUUUGGAGAUAUUGGCUUUUGAAUGUAUCCAUGUCCUUAGGGAACGUUUCAGAGAUCCUGAUCCAAACUGUCUCCCAGAUUGCCCAAGAAUAUGCAAAUGGAAAUACAAUAGGACUGGGACAACAUGGUUUCCAUUAGAGGAUAUUUAUCAAGCGCUUGGAAACACAAAGGUGAUUUCAAGUAUCCUUGUACCACAAGGAAACGAAGUAGACCUCUUGUACGGAAUCAUGGAUGAAGGGACUCUGGAAGACGUGGAGCUGAUAGAUGAUUCUGAUAAGCAAGACAUAGCCGUUGACGGACAGGCGGAAGAAAGGGUUUGUGAGGAACCCAAGGCAGGGGGAGAGGCCGGUCCUGAGAGUGUAAAAGAGUUGGAGUUGAGAUUGAACAAGAGAAUGGACUACGGAUUUGCAUUGAGGGACGAAACAAUUCGUCUUCUGGCAGCAAGAGUAAAGGAGUUGGAACAAGACAAGAUUCAAAGAGAAAAUUGGUCAUUCCAGUUUGGUGAAUAUGAAACCGGUGAGGCUUCAAGAGGCACAAGAAGAGAUAAUAUUAGCGAUUAUGAGUAUGAGAAGGAUGGUGAGGUAGUGGCCGAGAAAGAUGGUGAGAAGAAGGGCGGAGACAAGGAUGGUGAGGUAAUGGCCGAGAAAGAUGGUGAUAAAGAGGCUGAGAAAGAUGGUGAUGAACAGGCUGAGAAAGAUGGUGACGAGACAGAGGCUGAUUCGAGAUCUACACUUGAAGUGAUGGCAGAAGUGAUGGCAGAAGCUGCGGAGAAAUUCGAGAAAGAAGUUCAUGAGAAGGCUGCUGCAAAGAAGGCUUCUGCAGAGAAGGCAGCUAGUGAUAAAGAAAAAGAGGGCGAUGAGAAGGAGACAAGGCCGAAGAGGACCCAUAAACCUUCUCGUCAGCUCAAGUCUCCGUACCAGGCAAAUUAA